CAAUUUCGCGGUUCUAGGCGAGCUAUGCUGUCGUACUUGGGUUCCAGGAGCCAAAUCCGAUAAGAAAUUUUGGGCAAACUAGCUUCACACAACUUCAGUAGUCCGGACAAGUUUUUGAUCAAGCAUAAAAAAGUUCUUGAUCAGAUAGCAGCAAUUGCAGCGGAUUCUAUUCUCAACGGUCCACGGAAGCCCAAGAUGGAGAAGCAGGUUCGUACGCAUCGUGUCCGGAUGGAGGAAGAAUCAACGGCGGUCGCUGUCCGCGUCAGCCCGAGAAACGAAGAAGCCCAAACGCAACCUUGCAACCGCCGGCCGCCACCGCUGCGCCAAAUCAAUCAACCAACUCUGAUUCAUCCGCCUUCCUCUUCGUUCCUACCUCCACCGAAACCACAUCCACCUGGCCGAGCCUUUCCCCCAAGAAAAUCCCUCUCUUCCGACUCACCUGAUUCUUGCUUCUGGGCUUCUUGAUAUGGAGCGGCCCGCCGCUUCCGCCCCGCCGCCGGCGCGGGCGCCCGUUUCCGUUGCUUGGUCAGUCGUCCCAGUGGACUUCACGGUCGUCAAGAAGGGGCCCGAGAUGGCGAUGCACGACGCGACCGGCGGCCUCGCGUUCCGCGUCGCGGGCGGCGCCGCCGGUGGCACGGCUCUCUUCGACGCCGCCGGGGGUGUUAUGGUCACCGUCAGGACCAGCGGCCAGGGCGAGUGGCAAGCAUUCAGUGGAAGCAGUUUGGAACAGAGACACAUCAUUUUCAGUGCAAAAGUUAUAUCUACUUCUUCAAGUCGAAAGGAGGUACAUGUAUUCAUCCCACCAAGAAGCAGUUUUGAAGAUCCAAAACCAAGCUACAGGCUCUUAGGAAGUACAUUCCGAAGAGCAUGCACAAUAAUAAAGGGGGACUCCAUCGUUGCUCAGACAAAUCUCUUGUAUAAACUCAAGAAGACUAUAUAUUCACGGCGUAAGUUCAGAGUGACUAUAUACCCUGGAAAUGAUAACAUCCUCGUUAUGGCAAUGAUUAUGACCUUCUUUGUAGAAAAGUGACUUCAGAUAAUGCCUACUGUGGUUUGAGAAAAUUGAUGACAAACUCUGCCACCCCUAAAUCAUAUUCAUGUAUAGUUUUUCUGAUUCUGGAUGAUUUAUUUCUUUUCAAUUUUUAUGUCACCCGCCAUAUGCUCUUACUGAACUGAAUGCUUUAACCAUUUUUAUAUCACCUGCCAUAACCUAAAUGUGUGGUUUUUUA